AUGGGAACAUUUCAUUCCAAUGAACAAUUUUUCUAUAACCAUACGCAAUUUGACAAUGCUGGAAAUUAUAAAUCACCAAAAAGCAAAGCGGGAAACUAUCAGAUAUACAGAGGUUUGGAGAAACAAAGGGAAGAGGAAGCUCAGUGGAUCAAUCAGCCAAAGAAAAUGUCGAAGUCCUGUAAAGGUCUUGCCAUGGAGCUUGUCAAGUGCCUCAGUGAAUCCGACUGUGUUAAGGUUGAGCAUAGGUCGUAUAGAGAAUGUGCUAAGGAGAAGAGCCCUUUAAUAUCUAGCGAGUGUGUGGGAUUAAGGGAAACAUACUUUAAUUGCAAAAGAGGCCAGGUUGACAUGAGAGCUCGGAUCCGUGGCAAUAAAGGGUACUGA